AUGAGGAUUUUCUCACAGUUGAGCAAACUCAUCAAUGAUCAUCACUCUUCAUAUUCCAAGCUUCUCAUUCUCCUCUCCGUAAGUGGCAGUGGGGGUCUUAUUGCAUACUCACAAUCAAAUAAAGAUGGUGGAAAUCCCAGAAAUAUUGGGCAGAAUCAACGCGAUCAAAAAAAGAAGAGAAUUGUGGUUCUCGGAACAGGAUGGGCGGGUAUUAGUUUUCUAAAAGACAUUGAUACAUCAGCCUACAACGUUCAAGUGGUAUCGCCUCGUAACUAUUUUGCAUUCACACCUUUGUUGCCUAGCGUAACAUGUGGGACCGUUGAGGCUAGAAGUAUUGUCGAGCCUAUAAGAAACAUUAUGAAGAAGAGAAGUGGAGAAUUUGCUUUUUGGGAGGCGGAAUGUUUGGCGAUCGAUUCAAGGAACAAAAGAAUCCAUUGUCGAUCUAAUAUAAAGGAGAAUCUAGUAGGAAGUAACGAUUUCUCUUUAGAAUAUGAUUAUUUGAUUAUUGCUCUUGGAGCUCAAGUAAACACCUAUGACACUCCUGGUGUUCUUGAACACUGCCAUUUUCUCAAGGAAUUGGAGGAUGCUCAAAUGAUACGUAGAAGUGUAAUAGAUUGUUUCGAAAAGGCUGUUCUUCCGGACCUAAGCGACGAAGAAAGAAGGACAAAUCUUCAUUUCGUCAUUGUUGGUGGCGGUCCAACCGGAGUUGAAUUUGCAGCUGAACUACAUGAUUUCUUCGUGGAAGAUGUAUAUAAGUUAUAUCCUUCGGUAAGAGAUUUGGUAAAGAUAACAAUUAUUCAGUCAGGUGACCAUAUACUCAACACGUUUGAUGCAAGAAUAAGUUCAUUUGCUGAACAAAAAUUCCAAAGAGAUGGGAUUCACGUUAUCACAGGAUCGCGAGUUAUGAGUGUUUCCAAUGAUCAUCUUAAUAUGAAAACGAAAGCAGAUGGGAAAGAUUUCUAUGUACCCCAUGGAAUGGUGGUUUGGUCUACUGGAAUCGGUAGUCGUCCCGUUGUUAAAGACUUCAUGAAAACAGUUGACCAGAACAAUAGAAGAGUUUUAGCGACGGAUGAGUGGUUACGAGUAACGGGUUGCAAAGAUGUCUAUGCUAUAGGUGAUUGUGCUACAGUAACUCAACGAAGAGUUAAGGAAGACAUCUUAAAUAUAUUCGAGUCCGCAGACGAAGAUAAUUCGGGUACCCUAACAGUCGAUGAAUUUCGAGAUGCUACAAAAGAUAUUCUUAUAAGAUACCCUCAAGUUCAACUUUAUCUAAAGAACAAUCAUAUAACCGACGCUACACAUCUAUUGAAAGAUAAAGAUGGAAACGAAAUAAAGGAACUAACAAUCGAACAAUUUAAAACCGCGCUUUGUCAAGUCGAUUCCCAAACAAAAAGUCUACCAGCAACCGCAGCGGUCGCGGCUCAACAAGGUGAAUAUCUUUCAAGUUGUUUCAACCGUAGGAAAAUUUGCGAACUUAAUCCAGAAGGGCCUCGUCGGUUUAGGAGCUCGGGUCGUCAUACUUUUCGUCCAUUUUGUUACAAGCAUCUAGGGCAGUUUGCUCCAUUGGGUGGAGAACAAGCAGCAGCAGAACUUCCGGGAGAUUGGGUAUCUAUGGGACAUAGCACACAAUGGCUUUGGUAUUCUGUAUAUGCAAGCAAACAAGUCAGUUGGCGAACUAGGAUCCUUGUUGUAUCGGAUUGGGUAAGAAGGUUCAUUUUUGGGAGGGAUUCGAGCGGUAUUUGAGGUUGAAACUUGUAUCGUUCUAUAAAUACACUCGAUCAAAGGUUACAUAUACUUCAAUUGUAAUUGUUUUUGAACUACAUUUAUUUUUAAUGUUAAUAUG